GCGCUGGGACGGUGUGGGCGGGUCACGCAGACCGCGCAGCCAGAAGCGGCGGCGGCUGUGUCCCGGGGGCUGCGCGCUGGAGCCGGCUCCGGGCUCUGGCUAAGCGAAGCGCCGCGCAGUGCUGAGCUCGCCGCCCGCCACGGAGCCAUGGAGAUUGGCACCGAGAUCAGCCGCAAGAUCCGGAGUGCCAUUAAGGGGAAAUUGCAAGAACUAGGAGCUUAUGUUGAUGAAGAACUUCCUGAUUACAUUAUGGUGAUGGUGGCCAACAAGAAAAGUCAGGACCAAAUGACAGAGGACCUGUCCCUGUUUCUAGGGAACAACACAAUUCGAUUCACCGUAUGGCUUCAUGGUGUAUUAGAUAAACUUCGUUCUGUUACAACAGACCCCUCUAGUCUAAAGUCUUCUGAUACCAACAUAUUCGAUAGUAACGUGCCUUCCAACAAGAGCAGCUUCAGUAGGGGCGAUGAGAGAAGGCACGAAGCUGCAGUGCCACCCCUUGCAGUUUCUAGCACGAGAGCUGAGAAAAGAGAUUCCAGAGUUUCUUCAAGUUCACAGGAGCAGAAAGCCACUAAUGUCAGGCAGAGUUAUGAUGAUGGAGCUGCAACCCGAUUAAUGUCAACAGUGAAACCUCUAAGGGAGCCAGCACCCUCUGAAGAUGUGAUUGAUAUUAAGCCGGAACCAGACGACCUCAUUGAUGAAGACCUCAAUUUUGUGCAGGAGAAUCCCUUAUCUCAGAAAAAACCCACAGUGACACUCACAUAUGGCUCUUCUCGCCCUUCUAUUGAAAUUUAUCGACCACCUGCAAGUCGAACUGCAGAUGGUGGUGUUCAUUUAAACAGGUUGCAGUUUCAACAGCAGCAAAACAGUAUUCAUGCUGCCAAGCAGCUUGAUAUACAGAACAGCCGGGUAUAUGAAACGGGACGUUUGUGUGAGCCAGAAGUGCUUAACAGCUUAGAAGAGACUUACAGUCCUUUUUUCAGAAACAACGCAGAGAAAAUGAGUAUUGAGGAAGAAAACUUUCGGAAGAGAAAGUUGCCUGUGGUAAGUUCAGUUGUUAAAGUAAAAAAGUUUAAUCACGAUGGAGAAGAGGAGGAGGAAGAUGAUGAUUGUGGGUCCCGCGCAGGAAGCAUCUCCAGCAGUGUGUCAGUGCCUGCAAAACCCGAAAGGAGACCCUCACUUCCUCCUUCUAAACAAGCUAAUAAGAACCUAAUUUUGAAGGCUAUAUCUGAAGCUCAAGAAUCUGUAACAAAAACAACUAACUAUUCUACAGUCUCGCAGAAACAGACACUUCCAGUUGCUCCCAGAACUCGAACUUCUCAAGAAGAAUUGCUGGCAGAAAUGGUCCAGGGGCAAAGCAGGACCUCUAGAAUAAGUCCCCCCAUUAAAGAAGAUGAAGCAAAAGGAGAUAAUGUAGAGAAAGGUCAAGGAACUCAGCAGAGGCCGUUACUGUCCCGGCUGCAAAUUGAUCCAGUCAUGGCAGAAACUCUGCAGAUCAGUCCAGAUUACUAUGACAUGGAAUCCCUGGUCUAUGCAGACACAAGAUCAUUUAUUCUGAAGAAGCCAAAGCUGUCUGAGGAAAUAGUAGUGGCAUCAAACCAAGAGUCGGGAAUGAAGACCGCAGAUACCCUUCGGGUACUUUCAGGACACCUUAUGCAGACACGAGAUCUUGUACAACCAGAUAAACCUGCAAGUCCCAAGUUUAUAGUGACGCUGGAUGGUGUUCCCAGCCCCCCAGGAUACAUGUCAGAUCAAGAGGAGGACAUGUGCUUUGAAGGAAUGAAACCUGUAAACCAAACUGCAGCCUCAAACCAGGGACUCAGAGGUCUCCUCCACCCACAGCAGUUGCAGUUGAUGAGCAGGCAGCUUGAUGACCCCAAUGGUAGCUUUGCACACGCUGAGAUGAGUGAACUGAAUGUGGCACAGAAGCCAGAAAAACUUUUGGAGCGCUGCAAGUACUGGCCUGCCUGCAAAAACGGGGAUGAAUGUGCUUACCACCACCCGAUUUCACCUUGCAAGGCUUUCCCCAAUUGUAAAUUUGCUGAAAAAUGUUUGUUUGUUCAUCCAAAUUGUAAAUAUGAUGCAAAAUGUACUAAGCCAGAUUGUCCCUUCACUCAUAUGAAUAGAAGAAUUCCAAUACUGCCUCCAAAACCAGCAGUUAUAACAGCAACACCAUCUUCUAGUAGUCAGCUCUGCCGUUACUUCCCUGCUUGUAAGAAAAUGGAAUGUCCCUUCUAUCAUCCAAAACACUGUAGAUUUAACACUCAGUGUACAAGACCUGACUGCACGUUUUAUCAUCCCACCAUUACUGUGCCGCCACGACAUGCCUUGAAAUGGAUUCGGCCUCAAACCAGAACGAAUAUUCAUGGUCUGAAGAUACUCAACUUCUUAAUUAAGGUAUGUGGUAUAUAGGGAUGCGAAGCAGUUAAUUAAAAAAAUUUUUUUGGUUUUAUUCAGUGAAUGACAGUCCUACCUGGCAGAAGAUCGUGAAGUUUGAAAGUUUCCAUCUACUGAUGAAAAAGAUUCUGUAGAACUUGUCAAAUCUUUGAAACUUGGAAUAUAUUGCUUUCAUAAUAUGAAGUUAUUGCCUAUCUGAAGUACCUAAUUUUUCAAGUUUGUAAGUUUAUUAUGUGGUUUUAACAUUGGGUGUUUUGUUGUUGUUUGCCUUGUUUUGACUAUGGAAAGACAGUUUAAGGAAAAACUGAAUUCUAUUAAAACACCUGGUGUGUUUGUACACUGCUGUUUUGAGUAUCAGCAUGUACAACAUGGUGAUAUUGUCAGUACAGAUAAUCCAGUUUGGGGCUACAUGUUGCUGUGAGUGUCUGCGUGUGUGUGCGGGAACGUGUGUAUACAAAGAAUAUAGUGAGGGGAACAUCCUUAUUCCAAAAGUUGGAUUGCUACUUUCAUUUUUUCCAGGGAUUAUACAAUGUUCAUGAUCCACUAAAAAAGUGUUGAGGUAGUUUAAAUAGUCCAUCCUACUUUUUAAUUUUAAGUGAUUAAGUUUGGCUUCUUAGGUUGCGUGCUGGUUUGGUAAAUGGUUCCCAAAUAGCUAGUCUUUGCCUUCUGGGUAAGGAUGAGUGAGGUGGGCAUGUAGAGUGAAAACAGCUGGAAUGCCAACGGCAAAAAGAAAAAGAACAAUUACUUAAAAUGUUUUUCAUUUACUGUUAACAUAUACUUUUAAAAUAAAUAUUUUGGAGAACUACAUUAUCACAAAAUUAUACAAAAGUUUUUACAAGUAUAUAUACAUAGGUAUCAGAGAACAGACUUGAAAUUCACAAGAUUAUAUAGCUAUACAUAUAUAUUCUCCCAUUCUGAAAAACAUUCUCAGAAAUAAUUCCAGAAAAUAUAGUUACUGAAGAUAAUUUUUUAAAUGUAAAAAUUAGAUUUCAGUAGUAUAUUUUAAAUGUCAGACUAUAUAAUUACAGAGAUCAGAUGGAUAAAUUGCAAAGUAGGACUAAACUUUUUGACUACUGAAUUAAAAUACAGUUAUGUGUUUGUGGUUUUUAAAAUUGUUAAGGCAAGAAGUGUCAAAAACUUUAGAAUUAAACGGAUCGCUGAUUUUAAAGA